CCAUCCAAUUGUUCAAAGGUUCCCACCACCUUCAUUUGCUUUCUAUCUCUUAUUCCCUUUUUACAACCACCACAACUCUCUCUCUGUAUUAUUCAGAUUUUCUUUUGCAAUUACAUUCUCUCUCCCUCUCUCUCCUCCAUGGCCAGCAGUGACUAUUUUCUCAGUCUUCUUGGAGCCAUGGAUCGCCUUUGGUUCCAUCAAAUUAUUCUUCUCUCACAUCCCACUCCAUUAAUUUUCCCACAAAGCAUACAACCAGCUCAACCUUUCACAGAUUCUUUUCCAUCUCCAUCUCCAUCUCCAAGCCUUUCCUUAUCACCUCUUGAUGACGAAGAACUUUCAUCUGAGUUUUCACCAGUUGGGGACGAAGAAAACUUUUCAGGAUUACCACCAAAUAGUACUCUAAAGGAUGACUCCAACUGUGAAGAGGAAGUAGAUGAUGAUGAUGAUGAUGAUGAUGAUGAUGAUGAGGAGGAGGAGGAGGAGGAGUGUACCAACCAGAAGCAAAGACCAACAAGAUCAAAUUUCACGUCACCGUUAGCUGAGAAUAUGAAAGAUCCAAGAUAUUCAAGGAGGAGGCUGCAAAAAUCCAUGAGUUGCAGGACCAUGGGAGAGCUGGAACUUGAAGAAGUAAAGGGUUUUACGGAUCUAGGAUUCAUAUUCAAGAAAGAACAUAUGAGCCCGCGAAUGAUGAGUUUACUACCGGGACUUCAGAGACUUGGAGUUAACAAAAACAAAGAGAAAACCGAUGAGAUAGUUGGAAUUGAAGCCGAAGAGAAAAGAGAUACUAUUACGAGGCCGUAUUUAUCUGAAGCAUGGCUUAUAAAGAAACCCAACUCUCCGUUACUAAAUCUAAGAAUUCCAAAGGUCUCUGCCGCUGCUGAUAUGAAGAAACUUCUAAGGUUCUGGGCAAGAAAUGUUGCAUCUGAAAUUCAGUAAUAAAGAGAAUGACAAAGAAGUAGUAUUAGACAGAGCAACAAAGAGAGUGAGGGUGUGACUAUGCCGUAUAUGAGAUACCUAAGAGUAAGUUUUUUUUCCGCCGACAGCUGCAAAACUGUAAAAAGAAAGAAGUAUAGUUUCAAUGUCAAUUAUAAUUAAAUGGAAGAUGGGAUUUCUGUCUCUAUUUUCA